GUUCUAGAGAUAACAUAUCUCCUAGCUCUGACAAACACGAAACCUCUCAGUUACAGACUAAAACCUGCUCUGAUCCUGACACAGAGAAGAAAACAUCUGUCACGUUUAAACACGUUCCCGAAUUCACCAGUAAUGAGGCUAGCUUGCCAGACAGCUCACUGGUGGAAAGCAUACAGGCUAGCCAGGAAAACCUGUGCUGUGAAAUCAUUAGGCCUGCCACAGAGGAGAAAAAACCCCAAACCUCCAGCAGUUUGUUGAAGCUGAGAAGGCGGAUGAAGGCUUUGGUGUCGGAGGAAAGGGAAUCAGUGUGUGAUGUGCAGAUAAUCAACACUGGUGAAAUGGUGAAAAAUCAAAGUGCCAGUAUAGAGGAACUUCGGUCUCCAGUCUUCAGGCGAAGCAGUCUCUCGAACACUGAGGAAAAGGCUCAGAGAACAUCCAGACCAGCACUUGUGGGGAGAGAAGAAAACAGUUUCACUCCUCCCGAUGCAGCGUUCAGAGUUGUACAAGACAUGCUUGAAGACAGUGUCCCUCCAGGAGUGCCUGAGCUGUUCCCAUGCACACUGAAGGACAGCAGCGAUGUCUGGCAGCCUGAGUCCUCGGGUGCUGUGGUGACAUCCGAUAACCAUGAACCUGCAUGGCUGUGUUCAGAGAACAGUGACUCUGUUUUACUUGACAUCAGUGGUGAUGGAGGAAAAGAAUCUUCCAGUAUAAUAAAACAAACGGACAGUGAGAGUAUGUAUGAAGAUCAGGGAGAAUUACGUAGGCUCUUGGAUUUAAUGUCAGAAAACGAAGUAUUGCCCACUGGUGGCAACAACACUAUAACUAAUGAAAGCAAAAGCCAUGAAGGAAAUCAAAGUGAUGCUAAUGGCUUAAAUCCCUUUCCUGCAGAUCUUUCUGUGGGCAACGUUGAGGAACAGUUGGAGAAUCAACAGCUUGAACUUCAGUCAAGGCUUUCUGAUCCAGAAGAGGUGACAGCUGCUGAAAGCGCAUUGAACUCUUGCACAGUGGUUGAAGGGCUUCUCUUUCCAGUUGAAUACUAUGUCAGGACAACGCGACGCAUGUCUAAUUGCCAGAGGAAAGUGGACCUUGAUGCUGUGAUUCUUAGCCAGCUGGGCAGAAGCAAGAAAGGUCAGCGAAGUAAGUGUAAGCAGAAAGAUGCAAAUUCAGAUCGCCCCUCCCAAGAAAGAGUUGAAAACAAUUUGGAGUCGGGGGUCACGCCAUUCCUUUUUCUUGACUCAGAAAAUGAUCCAGCAAAUUCAGGUAGUCCUCAUAAAUCUCUGCCUCCAUCCAGUGGUAGCAGCACUUCACUUGGAUCGAUUUCUCAGAACAGUAUCACUAGCACAAAGCGAGAUCAGAGACGAUCGCAGAGGAAACAAAAGGGAAGGAGGAAGUCUGCCUGCAAACCCCCCGUGCAUCAGGUGCCACAGGAACUUGUAGAGAGUUUGGAUCUCGUAACAAUGAGGCAAAGCAGUAGUCUGCUGUCAAAUGAGUGUCAGAGUGAAAAGGAAAACUGUGAGGCUAAUCAUGAAAAAUCACCUUCAGGUGAGAGAAGGUUGUCUGCUGCUGCAGCUUUUGGGCCCAGAGAGACAGAAGAGACUGGUGCUGUACAGCCAACGAGUGCUGAUCCUCCUCCUGGAGGAAGCCAAGUGCUUGGCAAAUGCCAUAAGACUCUGUUAGAACAGGUUCAAAAUCCACUUCAGAAUGGUGAUUCUGUGAACCCAGAAACUUUUGCCAUCCAUAUCGGAGAUCUGGAAGCCAACUUAACUGUGUGUCAGGCUGAUAAACAUCCAGUGGAGGAUGUUAAGAACCAGCAUGUGCAAGGAGCCUGCAGGGCAGAGCGGCUCCUAGCAAUUAAUGUCCCUCCGCGCCGCUCCCUGCGUUCCUCUGCAAGACAGAGAGCGAGUCAAGUCUCGAAAGAUCAGAGCGAAAGAGGAUGUAGCUAUCCAAUGGGUUCAGAGGAUCCCGCAUCUCUUGGCCUCCCUGCUGUGGACCCUCACGCUUGCGGCACUCUCUUCUUCCGCAGUCUCCAGUGGCUGGCCCCCAGACUAGGUAUCAGAGACUUUCACUUACCGGAUGAGGAAUUUGGACCACUAAAGCUUGAGAAAUUAGAAUCUUCCCCUGUGAAUGAUUUGGAGAUUUUUGUUCCUAGUGUGCUUGGAGAUGAUGCAGCUUCAGAGGACACACAAGGUGCACAAAUGAGUCCAGAAGAAAAAAGGCCCCAAAGUAAUUUGAUUUCACCUUUCAAAAAUGUAUUGCCCAGGUUACCUCAUUCAGAAAACCCAGCUUGCAAGAAGGAACUUUCCACCCAUGAAUUGCUAUUUACUCCUCUGGGGCCUGUCUUAGCUGGUGCUCCCACUCAGCCUCAGUCUCAGAUUUCCUCAUCUGUUUUCCCUGUCGUGGGUGCAACCCCAGCUGUUUUACCAUCAGUACACAGCAAGGUCUUCCCCAAUACACCUUCUGUACCUCCCUCGCAAGCAAGCCUGCAUUCUUCCAAAGGGGCAUCUGCCCAGGUUGUGGAUGGUGGGGAGUGCAAAGACUGUGCUGUUCCGCUGCACUUGGACAGUUGUGGCACAGGAUCUGCUAGAAAAGAGGAGGAGCAAGGUACAGUGUUUCCUUUAGAAGCUGAAAGCAGUCCUGAUAAUAAAUUCGAUGAGGCUGUGGCCUUGGAGAAGCGUCAGCAGUUGGAGAGCAAACAGCAGAGAUCCUGCAGAGCUUCUCCUGAACAGAAGAAAGAUGUAGCAGAACAGUUCACUCCAGUACUGCUUGAUGGCCUGACAGAAGAGAGCUUGCAGCUUGUGUCAAAGCUAAAGGAUUCUUCAAAUUCCUGCGCUGUGGAUGUGAGUACCAUGUGGUGGGAUGCAGCGGGCAGCAGAGAGCUGUGUGUGGUGACUGCUUGUGAGAGUUCCAUCUCCCUGUGGAAACCCCUGGCAUCUGACUGCUGGGGAAAGGUCUACACUUGGCAGCUGAGAGAGAUUCCUGUAAUACAGAUCGUUCCUCUGCCAGACACCUGUAAUCUUGUGUGUAUAGCAUUGGGAGAUUUGGAGAUUGGAGAAAUAAGGCUCUUGCUUUAUUCUGCUGAGGAUGACUCAUUCAAGCAAUCACUAGUAAAAACUGGAAAUAUAAAAGCUGUUCUUGGGCUAAAGGAUAGGAGACUGAUCAGCAGCAGCAGGACCAUGCAUGAGCAGCAAGUAGAAAUAGUAUUGCUUUCAGAGACGGGAAGAAGCAGGGACGGACAGACUUUGAUGCCCCCUGAAGAAACUGUUUUGGCUUUUGCUGAAGUAGAAGGAAUGAGAGAUGCCCUGGUUGGCACCACUGCAGUGAACAGCAUUGUUGUUUGGAAUUUGAAAACAGGCCAGCUCCUGAAGAAGAUGCACGUUGGUUAUUCCUACCCAGCUUCCAUCUGCCAUCGAGCAUAUUCUGACUCUGGCCUUCUGUUUGUUGUUUUAAGUCAUCCACACGCCAAAGAGAGUGAGUCCUGUGGAAACCCCGCAUUCCGCGUCAUAGCGUUCAACCCCAAAACAGCCAGGAGCACGGGAGUGAUGUUCUCCUCCCUUCCACCUGGGUGUGCUGGAAGGUACCUGGAGGGUGACGUGAGGGAUGCUUCUGCUGCAGCCGUGCUGAC